AAGUAGCUGACAGCACUGUUCUAAGCUAAUCAAAAUCGGAGGGGAACAGCUCUAUCACUUUCCUUUGAGUGAGAUAACUUGAAGUGGGGACACAAAACUUCAUGUUAUCUUAGUCUGUUAUCGCGAACUUUCUUUUCAUCGGUUUUAGACUAACAUUACUGUUACGGAAUCUUGGUAGUAUAAAAACGGACACAGUGCAAAACGUUUCUACACAAAUUUAAUGCUGUAUUACUUCAUUAUUAAGCCGUGUAGUGUAAAAUGCUGUCUUCACAUACAUGAGUGUGAUUCGUAUAUACGUGUUUAUGUCUUCGCAUACAUAUGUAAACGUCUUCUUAAACAAAACUGUUUUAUUAGAAUCAAAUUGGCAAUAAACUUUUUUAAAUUAAAAAGUAACUAAACUGAAAGUAAUCUAAACUAAUUAAUUAUAUAUGGUCUGUCAUGUUGAACCAUUUAUUUUUAUUUUAAUAAUCAUUAAUCUUACAAAUAUUUCAAACGUUGACAAUGAAAAAAAUGGAGAUGGACGUAUUAAUGUUUCUUAUCUUUGUGAGCCAAGUAUUACUUAUUUUUGGAAACGUAAUUUUAAUGCAGAAUUUCUUCCCAUUAAAAAAUAAGAAGAAAUUCAUAUGUGUCUCUGAAAAUGAUGGCAGUGCUCUUGUAUGGAAUCGUCAGCCGUCAACUCAGAAAUUUUUCGAGGACGAGGAGAGAUUCAAUAUUUAUGAGUCUAAUGGAUUUAAAAAGAAUGAUAUAAUGUGUGAGAUGAAUGCAAAUAAAGGAUGCUUAGAGUCAUGGAUUAAACGAGACUGGAAUCUUACAAAUUCUUUAUUAACACCUAUGGGUCCAGUAUUUGAUCAACGGUGGGAAGAAUUUCAACAGAACGUAACUUCUUACCCUAAUGGAUUCUAUAAAGUUCUUAGAACUAAUUUUAGUAACGAAAUAAAGCUUUCUUUUUCCAUUCGUGCGGUUUACGACGUUGAUAUAUUAAUUUGCAACGGCGAGGAUAUUUACAGAGAUUCUUGCUAUUGGAUCAUAUUAAAUAUUGAAGACUAUACACAAUCUGAAAUUCAAAAAUGUGUAACAGAAGUCCCCGGAUUCAAUAAAUCUAAGGAUUAUCCUGAGAAAGAUUCAAAAUGUUAUAAUCCAGAAUCAGACAAUAACUCAGCGUUUGAAUAUAUAUGGCAAACGUUUGUUAUUACAUGGAACUUUGACAUGGGAAAAGUAAAUCUGUAUGAUACUGAUAAGAUCAUUUUGACAUAUAAAGACGAGAAAAGGCAAUUACGCUCAGACAAUAAUUAUUACGUGUUCAUUAGAAAUGAUAGGUCGAAAAUGGUAGAAGCGCGAUUUCAUAUAUAUGACUUUUUGCAUACGACUGUUGAGAAUGCAACUUUAACGAGUCCAGUUUUUCAAGUUUAUGAUGAAGUGAUAUGUGUACAACUAUUAAUUGGCCUUUGCGUUGAAUGCGAUGCACAAAUAAUAUUGCGUGAUUCCACGAACAAUGCAAUGUUAGCAAUGGCAAUAGUAAAAGGCUCAACAAAAAAAGCGGAUCAUGUCUUACCUAUGUGGCAAUCUGUCACUAUCAAGAAUAAUUCGAUCAACUAUAGUAAUUAUAGUGUGAUUAUCCAAUUAAUUCCUAAACUCAAUAAUCGUAACUUCAAUCCGCUGUGGGCGAUAGCAAAUGUUCGCCAGUGUCCUCUAAAUGAAACCUUGAGGAAAAAUGUUAUAACUUUUAAAAAUUAUGACGAAUUUGUCGAGGAGCAAAACGUGAUGUGUCAAAAAUUAUUUUAUAAUGAACAUGCUGUCGUGAGUUCUACAUCAUACAUGAAAUCAGAUAUAAAUCUUGAUGCGUCAAGAAAAUGCGUCUGUCCUCUAGGAAAAAUUGGACCAAAGUGCUUAGUUUCUUGUAAAGAUGAUCUGUAUAAUGACUAUGAUUGCAGCGGAAUUCAAAUUUGUUACGAAGAUGGUUGCAUGUGUGAUGCAGGUUUUACGGGGGAAGAAUGUUUAGACUCUUGUGAUUCAAAUACAUACAGUUAUAAUUGCAAGAAAACAUGUGGCUCAUGUCUCUAUAACGAAACACUAUCUGGCAAUCGGUGCGAUACAAGAACUGGGAAUUGCAAUAACGGAUGUAAUAAUAUUAAUACAGAAUUUUACAUUCCACCUUUAUGUCAAACAAGCAUCCAGAAGCCAAAUGCACCUACACUCAUCUCAAUAAAUGAAACAACUAUUUGGGCCAAUGUUUCUGUAACAUGGAAAGGCGAAUACGAAGAAAUAUCGAUUCUUUAUUCUUUUGUCAUUCAAGAACAUAAUAAAAAUGUUCAACAAUCAUGGAACGAGUUAUUUCGAAAUAUGACACAAGUGACAAAAUAUUUUGAAAACAUGGAACCUGGUUUUACUUAUCAUAUUCGUCUAAACUUAAAUAUUUCAGGUGUACAAAUACACAGUGAUUGGCAACUAGUUGAGACUAAAUGCAAUCCGGCUGAAAAUUUCGAUAUAAAACCAGAAGAACAUAACACAAUAAUUGAUUUGCGAAACAUCCCAAAUCAAAUAUAUUCAUGUCCGGCAAAGUGGUACUAUCUGGUAAUUCACAAGAUAGAUAAGAAUGAAGAAGUCGUUUCUACAAUAGUUUCAUCUUUUCUAUAUAAGUUUCAACCUUUAUCAUCAAACACUUCUUUUAAUGUGAUUAUAUCUCAUGAAAAUCACACGUUAUUUUCCACGAAAAUUCGUACGUUCGAUGGCGUUACGUACGAUUCAGAUUACAAUUACAUAGCCAAAUAUAAAGGUAUAUUGUCGGCUACACAACUCGCCCUGAUUUGGAAGCCAUCAAGUACAGGAGAAAUAGUAGCAUAUGAAAUAAACUUAAAGGUUAAUGAAUACUAUGGCUGUAGAAACUUAAACUUACCUACGCCGGAUAAUCCCAUUAUUAAAAUGUCCACAACAGAGCCAGCAAUCACAAUUCAGGAUUUACAUCCGUACACAUCUUAUAGUGUGGAGGUUAUAGCUCAUCACUCACAUCAUUUCAUCUCAAUUGUAAAGACAAUCUUUACAACAAAACCAACUGAGAUACCAUCAGAAGUAUUUAGUCAGUUGAGAGUAGAAAACUGGGAAUUAUUGUGGAAUCCACCCAAAAAUUGUAUGACAAUUUCGGGACCACUAAUGGCAAAAAUAGUAAUACAGGGUAUUAGUGACGCUGUUAAAGAUUUCAAUACGAUCAAAUAUAGUAAUUCCUAUAAAAUCAAUUUGAAUGAAUUAUAUCCAAAAUUAAACGGUCUCGAACGAUACUUAGCAACACUUUACGUAGUGAGAAACGACGGAAAGAAAAAUACCACCGCUUAUCAAAAGUUGGAGUUUGAAACUCCACCAGCAGCUCCACACAAAGUAAGAAAUUUAGAGAUUGUCGAAAUUGAUACUCGUCAAAUCAUGAGGGCCAUGAUACACCUGCGAUGGCAAAGUCCAAGUCCAACACACAACGGAAAGUUACGUAAUUACGGUGUUCGGUUGAAUAAAUGGUCUGAAAGCUGUUGCCCAAUUAUUGAAGUUCCAUUGAAUGGAACAUGUGAAUUAUGGGAUGAUUAUAUAUGUACAGUUAUAGAAAAAAACAUAACUCUACGAUACUCUACGAUUUUUGAUGAAAUUAAGGUUUUUGCAUACAACGUGAACGUCACUGUGCCAGGAGAAAUAGAUGUCAUAAUGCCUAAUGAAACACCGAAUACAACGCCGGACGCACCUAGGAAUUAUGCUUUUACGAUCAGCAAUAACAGUGUGAUUGAUUUAAAUUGGCUUCAUCCUUGGAAGACAGGUCGUCAUCUGGAGUUUUUUAGAAUUCAAAUACAAGUAAUCUCCUCAAAUCUGAGAAGACGCUUUUCUCAAUCGUUCAAGAACGAAACAAUAGAAUAUCCAGUGAUACAAUACAUGCGUAAAUACAGCAAACGAUUGUAUUUGUUCCCAUCAACACGAUACAAGAUCCAUAUUCAGGCUGUAACAGUUGAAAAUAAAUCUAGCAGCACAAAGUUCGUGGAAAUCAAUACACCUUCAGCCAUAGUUUUUGAUGGUACUCUUGAGAGCAUAAGAGAUGAUUCAAUUUCCACGAUAUUAUUAAAGAUACCAUCAGUUUCAAACGAUACUCAAAACAGUAUGAUGCACAUCAUAGUAAAAGGGUCUAAUAAUACUUGCAAACAAUUGUCUGAAAUAUCAGAGAAUUUACGAGCGCUAGCAAGCGUGAAGACAAAUGAAACGGCUUGGAAAGUUGCUGAAGUUUCGACAAAAGAGUUAGCUGGUGGACAAUUCAGGGUUGGCGACAAUAAAACUUACGGCAAUGGAAUCAAUUGCCCAUUAAAACCUGAUUUUUAUGAGAUAAUAGUUAUCAUAACCGAACAAAAUUUAAUUAUGACUUCAAAAUCGAUCACUGUUGCAUUGAUCGAUAAUGUUCCACCGAUGCAUUAUGAAGCGUGGCUAAUUACCGUACCCAUUAUAUUAUUCUUCAUCCUGACAGCAACAGCAUAUUAUUUGUACCGAAGAAAAAGACAACAACGAAAUGAAGAACAAAAGAACAAUGGAACAGAAUUAAUGGAAAAUUCGCAUCAUUAUGAAAGUAUAUCUUCGGUGCGAGCAAGUAAUCCAGCGUUGGUAAUUCCGACCACGCAAGACAAAGAAGAGGAGACGGAAGUGGUAUCAUUGAUAAAGGUGGAAGAUUUUGAGAAAUAUGUCAAACAAGCGAUACAGUCAGGAUUACUGGAUAAGCAAUACAAAGCGACAAAACAGGUGAUGAAGAAAUAUACGGAUGACACUUCCUCCGAUUACAUUAACGCUACAUACAUCACCGGUUAUAAAGAAGAGAUACGUUAUAUAGCGAUACAAGAACCUGAAUCAAAUACUGUCACCGAUUUCUGGCGUAUGAUUUGGCAGGAAAACGUUCUUAUUAUUUGUAUGUUGAAAAACGUAAUCGAAAAUGGAACGACAAACUGCGAGCAAUAUUGGCCAGAUAUUGACAAGAAGAUGAAAUACGGUGACAUUACUGUAUUAAACGAAAAGCAAAAUAUUUUCGCUUAUUACUCUUUUAGAACAUUCCAAGUGACUUAUGGAGAGGAAACUCGAAAGAUAGAACAUUUACAUUACAUGGCUUGGCCUGACUAUGACGUGCCAUUAAAUACACAUUCAGUUGUCACAUAUUUAAAGAAAUUGUUAGCGUUAUCACCAAGAGAUGGAUCCGUGGUAGUUCAUUACAGUGGCGUUGAAAAAACAGGGAUUAUCAUUUUGUGCGACAUUUGUCUCCGCCGAGCAAAGGCCGAGGAGGUAGUCGAUGUUCUCGAAGUAACGGAAUUCAUUAGAAGCAAACGAGAUAACAUGAUUAAUAUGCAGCAAUAUCUCUUUGCGCAUAUGGUGUUAGUAGAAUGUUUGUUUCUCAUUCCAACUACAGUCCCUUGUAAUGAAAUGUUAAUUACGCGAAUCAAAGAAUUGAAAGAACAAUCACCGGCUCUUCAGCAAAGAUUACAGGACACUGCAUGGCAAGAUAAAAUACUACGACAAGAUAAAAUCAGUACAGUAUAUUUGAAGAAAUACCCGGCAUCGGACAAAGACAGCGAUUAUCUAUAUGUUGUUUAUGUAGACGGAGUAAAACUUCAGAAUCACUAUCUAGCUACACAGCUUCCCAUACAAUCGACGAUUAAAACAUUCUGGCGAAUGAUUGCCGACUACAAGGUUGAACUUAUUCUCAUGCUACAACCGCCAGAUUUGCAGGAUCCUGCUUGUUGUGAGAUCGCUCCUACAAGCGGUGAAUUUAAACUAAUCCCAUAUUUGCAUAUUACUGCAAAAGAAAUCGUGAAAGAAAAAUAUUAUACAUCACAAAAAUUAUUGCUCGUUGAUAAUUCCGAGGAACCUCCAAGAAAACAAUAUGUGACUAUAAUGUGUUUAACGGAAUGGAAACCUGGAAGAAAUCAACCACUGCCCCCAGUUGGGUCGAUGGUGACGUUUUGGCAAGCAGCUGAAAAUAUAGCGAGAAUCAGUGGACCCACUGUUACACUUUGCCAUGACGGAAUAACUGGAUGUGGUCUCUAUCUAGCAUUGAGUUUCUUGUUGGGACGAAUGGUUGUCGAAAAAGAAUGCGAUGUUUAUUUAGCGGUGCAAUCUGUCAAACGGUCAAGAAGAGAUUUUGUUUGUUCUCUGGAACAUCUGGAAUAUCUAUAUGAUGCUGUGGAGGCUGUGUUUUAGGAGUUUUUCGUAAGCUAUGCAAAAUUUUUUGUAAAGCAAAAAUAAUCAAGCUAUAUUCUUGCAUACACAUACAGCAAUGCUUCGACAUAACAUCAUGCACAAAUCAUGUGAAUAUUCAUAAUAAAAUCUUUCGCACUACGAAGAGGGUGAAACAAGGUUUGUCGAAGACUUUCUUCAAUAACUACAAAGAUGUAAUCGUACUACCGCGACAUCGAAGAUCAUAGUGCAGAAUCUGCCUGAGAAAAAAGUCCACCAU